UACAACCAGCAUAACAUUUGCUCGUGACAUUGUACUUAUGAACCUGAACACAUUGUUUUAACACACGAGGCUCAUUUCAAGAAACGUACUCAUGUUAAUUUAGUUAUCUCAUGUUUUCUGACGUCACCGUACGUGCUUGACCAGGAAGUCUCUUCGCAUUAGCGCGCGUCCUGUAGCACAAUGUCAACAGCACCAGAGGCGCCGGCAGCAGGAGGAGCAGCAGGAGGAGCAGCAGGAGGAGCCGCCGCCCUCGGGUCAAGCGCCAGCCAGAAGUUUCGGAGCUGCUGGAGCUGCCGGGUCCUCUCCGGCAGCGGCUUGAUCCUGUCCGGAGCGUAUGUGUACAUCGCCGCCCGCAGAGUGCUGCGGCAAGGCGGCCCGACCUCGAUGGGCACGGUGGCGCAGAUCACGUUCGCUGCUUGCGUGGCUGCGUGGGGGGUCGUCAUCCUCACAGACCCGGUAGGAAAACAGAAGAAGAAGACGACGUGACGGCUGUUAAAGGGUUAACCUUCCAACUGGCUGCGGGAUAAUCAGGACGAUGUGACACCCAGCUGGUGGACCGAAGGUCCCACAGCACUGGAAGCUCGUGAUUUGUUGAAUUAAAAGAUGAUAUUUAAUCAGAGGCAA